UGCGGCCGCGCCGAGUGCCGAGCGCCGAGCUGGACACACCGCGGCGGCCCGCGCCCGGAGGAAGCCGCGGUCCCGCCCCUGCCGCCGCACUCGCCGUCGCUGGGAUUGAAUUGCGGCGCCGCGGCCGCGGGACUGAAAGGAAGGCGGAGCCGCCGCAGGAGGCGAGAAGGAAGCGAGAGGAGGAUGCCUCGCCCGGCGGCCGCAGCGGCCCGUGACUCUUAGGGCGGCGGGCCUCGCACCAGCGYGAACUGGACUUUGUCUGCGGGCCUUGCGCUGCCCUCCGCGGUUUCCAGUGGGAUCCCCGAGGAGCCGCGGUCCUCGCUGCUCGCCAGCCUUCUUCACCAUGUCCAAGAUGCCGGCCAAGAAGAAGAGCUGCUUCCAAAUCACCAGUGUCACCACUGCCCAGGUGGCCACCAGCAUCACAGAGGACACCGAGAGUCUGGACGACCCGGACGAGUCACGCACCGAGGACGUUUCCUCCGAGAUAUUCGACGUUUCCCGAGCCACGGAUUACGGCCCUGAGGAGGUCUGCGAGCGCAGCUCCUCUGAAGAGACGCUCAACAAUGUUGGGGACACGGAGACUCCUGGGACUGUCUCCCCGAACCUCCUCCUGGACGGGCAACUGGCGGCCGCGGCGGCUGCGCCCGCCAACGGAGGAGGAGCGGUUUCAGCCCGGAGCGUGGCCGGGGCACUCGCCAGUUCCCUGGCCGCGGCCGCCACCUCGGCCCCCACCUCGGGAGCACCCGGCGGCCCCCCAGUGGCGGGCUCGUCCAGCGGACCAGGGACGGCCCCUCCAGCGCAGCCCCCCACCACUUGUAGUUCUCGUUUCCGUGUGAUCAAGCUGGACCACGGCAGCGGGGAACCCUUCCGCCGCGGCCGAUGGACGUGCAUGGAGUACUACGAGCGGGACUCGGACAGCAGCGUCCUGACCCGCUCCGGGGACUGCAUUCGGCAUAGCAAUACCUUCGACCAGACUGCUGAGCGGGACAGCGGCCUGGGCGCCACCGGAGGGUCGGUGGUGGUGGUUGUGGCCUCCAUGCAGGGGGCGCACGGGCCCGACUCGGGAACUGACAGCUCCUCGACCGCUGUGUCACAGCCACCCCCGUCGGAGAAGAUGAGCCAGCCCGCUCCGGCCACGCCGCAGAGUUUCAGCGUUGGGCAGCCGCAGCCGCCGCCGCCCGUAGGUGGGGCUGUGGCUCCAAGCUCGGCUCCGCUGCCGCCGUUCGCUGGAGCCUCUGCCGGGCCGCAGCCCAUGAUGGCAGCCGCACCGCCAAGCCAGCUCCAGGGGGCUGGGCCGGGCGGCGCCCCUCCGGGGCCCGGGGGACAGGUCCUGCCGCCAACGAAUGUAGCCCUGGCGCAGCCGGCUGUGCCCCUGCCUCCGCAGCCUGGCCCGGCCGGCAGCGCUUCUGCCGCGCAGCACCCACAGCACUUCUCGUACCCCCAGCCUCAGAUGCCGCCUGGGCACUUGCUGCCGGCCCAGCCCUCCGGCCAGAGUGAGUACUUGCAGCAGCACGUGACCGGCCUGCAGCCGCCGAGCCCAGCGCAGCCCUCGUCUACUAGCGCCGGAGCGACCCCUUCCGCCGCGGCCAGCUUUCCCCUGGGCGCCGGCCAGAACGCCGCCUCGGCGGCCGCGCAGCUAGUAACUGCGUCUCCUCAGCCCAGUGAAGCUGUGGCUCCGGGGCAGGGACCUACGCAGGGCGGGCAGGCCGCGGCUUGUCAGCCAGCUGGUGUGCCCCCGGCUGCUGUGGGAGGCGUGGUGCAGCAGAGCAUGGGUCCUGCGGGGCCCGGGCAGCCCCCGUCGGUGCCUCCGCCGCAGAUCGGUGGCAGUGGUCAGUUGUCAGCCGUGCCUGGUGGCCCUCACACCGUGGUGCCCGGAGUUCCAAACGUGCCUGCAGCGUUGCCCGCUCCAAGCGUGCCUAGUGUGUCGUCUACCACUUCUGUUACUAUGCCAAAUGUACCCGCGCCUCUGGCCCAGUCGCAGCAGCUGAGCAGCCAUACGCCAGUCAGCAGGAGCAGCAGCCUCCUUCAGCAUGUUGGGCUGCCCUUAGCCCAAGGCACUCACAGCGCACCAACAAGUCUACCACAGUCUGACCUAAGCCAGUUUCAGACUCAGACCCAGCCUUUAGUCGGGCAAGUUGACGAUACUAGAAGAAAAUCAGAACCCCUACCUCAACCACCACUUUCUCUCAUUGCUGAAAAUAAGCCUGUUGUGAAGCCUCCUGUUGCAGAUGCCCUGGCCAACCCCCUCCAGUUAACACCUAUGAACAACCUCGCCACCUCUGUGUUCAGCAUAGCUAUUCCUGUUGAUGGUGAUGAAGACAGGAAUCCUUCAACUGCUUUCUACCAAGCGUUCCAUUUGAACACGUUUCAGGAAUCAAAGAGCCUCUGGGAUAGUGCAUCUGGGGGAGGUGUUGUAGCCAUUGACAACAAAAUAGAACAAGCAAUGGAUCUGGUGAAAAGCCAUUUGAUGUAUGCAGUAAGAGAAGAAGUGGAAGUUCUAAAGGAACAAAUAAAAGAAUUAGUUGAAAGAAACUCUUUACUUGAACGAGAAAAUGCACUGUUAAAAUCUCUUUCAAACAAUGAUCAGUUAUCCCAGCUCCCAGCCCAACAGGCCAAUCCUGGUAGCAGUUCUCAGCAGCAAGCAGUGCUAGCACAGCCUCCACCGCCUGCGCAGCCUCCGCAGCAGCCGAAUGUCUCCUCAGCAUAAGCUUUCUUAAGCCUCACUAAGGAAAACACUGACAGCAAUCCAUCUGUGUGCCACUGCUGUUCUUCCCACUUUAUACGAAAGCAAGUAGCCAUGCUUUGGUUGUGUGUUUGGCCUUUUCAGUAUUAGACAAUCAUUCUACAAGAGCUUUUCCUCUCUAAGAUGUCAUGCAGCGCUGUCGAUGUCCAGUUCUAUGUCAUCAGUACACACGGAGAAAAAUAGAUGGGGUUUUCUAAAGCAAGCAGAAGUCUGCAUUUCACCUGGUGCGCAUGAGUAGGGUCUUUAAGAGUUUUGGUGGCUCUCCAUGUUUCCUGUUACCRUGGAUUUACCUUGAGCCUUCUUACCACAUUAUAAGUAACAGUUCAUCUAAAGAGCCACUUUUCUUUCAACAUCAGUAACAUUUGCCUACAUAAGUUUUCAUUUAUUUGUGUUUUAUUUAUUACAGGGCUGCUAUUUUCAUAAUGUACAUGAACAAUGUCACAGAACUUUUUUAAUUUUUUUGAAUAAUUAUAAAUAAAUAUCAGUAAAGGAAUUGAAAGACAGGAUUGCAUUUAAUAGAUAAAACGUUUAGGCAAUAAUUGAACAAAAGAAUCCUGGCAUAUUUCUAACACUAAUGGCAAUUUAGCUUUGGUAUUUAUUUUCAGUAGUAAAGACCCAGCUUGAAUGUAAAUUUUGUAUAGUGUAAGUAUGAAGAACGUAGUGCAGCUGUACAGGUAGUCACCAGUUAUUGUGAUAUAAUAAAUAAUUGGGCUAUUUUGAUGAAGAAAACUUUGUUCAUUUGUUUCUACUUUCUAAUAGAGAAAUUGCCACGAUUCCUCUGCUUUCUGACAUUUCGUAUGACUUUUCUUUUGGUUGGGAAUAAAAAGCUGUGAAAUUGUUCAACCUACUUUGUAACCAAAGAAGCAAAGCUGUGUAAUGGAGUUUUGUUUUUUGUUUUUUUUUUUGUUUUGUUUUGUUUUUAUAUAUAUAAUGCACAUUCUUUAUGUAUUUUUAUUUAGUGUUUUCUCAGUCACAAUUUUCUUUGCUGUCUAGCAUGAUCUGCAUGACCUAUAAUCUUUGAACCACUUUCGUACCUCAUGUUUUUAUCCAGCACUCUUAUUGUAAUAUGUACUAGUCUGUGAACAAUGUCAAAUAAAAAAAAGAACGAACAGGUGGUUUGGUGGAGCUGAGCUAGUGUGCAAAACGCUAGUUGUACAAAAACAAAAAUGAAGUGAGCCAUCUUUUGUUCAUUUAAAAUGGUGUUUUGAAUUUCGUAUGCAGAAAACGUUUUGUUACAUUGCAGAUUUUAAUGUAUUUAAUAAAUGCAACAUGCAGAUUAAGUGCAGUGUAUACUGAGUAUUUAAAUUAAAAUGUACAUUUCAUAAAUACAGUUUCAAGAGAAAGCAUCAUUUUGUGUAUACUAACACAUUAAGUGUAUGUCAGAAAUUGAUGUAUAAAUAUAUAUUUUAACACAUUUUCUGAAAUUAAACUGCAGUUUUGUUGAAAUAUGUGGCUCUAUAUGUGUUCAAAAUUUGACUAGAUUUGUAUUUUCACAGUUCAGAGUAUUCCUUAAAUGUGAAAACCUGUGUUGUUAAUGAUUUAAUGAUAGUUCUUAAAUUUUCAAAGUAAAUAAUUUGAAGAUUGCUAGAAUGGUGAGCAAUAUUUGUACUCAAUAAUCAUAUUACAUUAAGUAGGAAAUCCUUGUCUACCAAAACUUUUACUUGAAUUCAGAAAGGUGCCUGUAGAAAUUAACGUGCUCUAUCUAUAGCCAGUGAACUAAUCAGGAAUGAAUGGGAAAUGGUAGUUACCUCUCCAUGUUUAAGAGGAUAAGUGUUCUUUAUUUGAAAUAAAAGCAGAUUAUCCACAAACAAAAGGCAUAAAAUUGAGAUGUACAUGGGAUUACCAAAUAUUUUAUAUUCUAGUUGUGCUGCAGGAUGUAUUUUCAGCGAACACAUUUUUAAUGUUAGUUCCUUCAAAUAUUUCUAGUUAUUAUCUAUAUAGGCUUGAUAGUCACCCUAAGAACGUGAAGUAGAGCCACAGUGGGUGAGAUAGAAUGUGAAGCUUUGCAGUGGGAGUGUUAACCAAAAGAUGUGCUGCGUGCACCCUUCAGUGCUAACAGUGAGUGCUUCACUCAGUCAAAGAAAAACAUGCAAGUAAAGCUUGGAGAGCUGGGAAUGUUGUCAGUGGGAGAGCACUUGCCUGGCACGUGCAGGGCCCUGCAGUUGUUGACCCCAGCACUGGGAAGAAAAAAAAAAAGUUGCAAUUUUUGUGAAAGUAAGAGAUAAAUUUUUGGUUCUGGGGACAGAAAUAUUUUAUAAAGGAUAGUUGCUGUGAUCAAGAAAAUUAAUAUGUUAAAGUUUAAAAUGGUAACAGCAGUCACUACUAAUGUUAAAAAGGARAGGAAACCAUUCACAGGAGAAAUAAAGUGGUUUCUGAAGUUUCAACCUCUAGUAACCUAAGAAAUACAAGUUAAUAUUUUUAACCAGUUGUUGUGUCUUUUAAAUAACAGGGCUUAAUGUAGUAAGUCAGGCUUUUCUGUGUACUUGAGAAAGAAAUUUGGCAAUAUGUAUCAAGAGCCUUAAAUACUAAUAGUCUUUUCAGUUCAGUGAUGUGAGAACUCUUGGUGCAAUGUCAGAAAU